UUAAAAUACCACUUCCGGUGGUAACGCGCAAACCUCGCUAGGCAGAUUUCGCGAGUUAGUAAAAUUAGGUCAAUUUUCCCCAGUUACAGUUAAUUUGUUCUGUACUACAGCUUUGUAUACUUCUAAAAUAUUGAUAUUUAUGCUAUAGAAUUUCCUUCAAGUAACAAGUUCAAACUCAUUUCGUCAUUUUAUGGUCUACAUAGCCAUGCUAACCUAACUAACCUAGGUUAGCUAGCUCUGCAGUUAACCUAGCUAGUUUCCCUUGAUACAUUUCUUAUCAAAUAAAAAAAAAAGAUGCUUCGCCGAAAACCAACACGGCUGGAGCUAAAGCUGGAUGAUACGGAGGAGUUCGAGAGUGUGAAGAAAGAACUUGAGAGUCGAAAGAAACAGCGAGAUGAGGUGGAUGUAGUUGGUGUUCCAGCAUCAAGUGAGAUAAGUGGUGCUUCAGGGGGUGGUGAAGGGAAGACCAGAGAGCAAAUGAUCCAUGAGCGAAUUGGAUACAAGCCUCACCCAAAGCCAAAUACACUACCAUCUUUAUUUGGAAACCUUCAGUUUUGAGCAACAAAUGAAUAUUAUAAAAGUUACUGUGAUGUUUUGAGCAUGAAGUUCUAAAGAGCCUAUUUGUUGUGGGCUAAACCGAUGCCACUCCAUGUUGUAAGGAUUUGCAAGGCAUACUGGUCACCAUGCAUAUUUUUGUAUUGAGUUCAAUGGUUGGAGAUAUAAGAACCUUAUUAAUCUUUCUUCUCUUAAAUUAUUAAAAAGUUCCAACACAAGCAGCGA